AACUCAAAGUUUUGAACUGGAACGGACGAUCCGUUCCGAAUAAGGCACUUGAGCUCUCUGAGUUCAUUGUGUCGCAGAAAAUUGAUGUUGCCGUCCUUACUGAAACGUGGCUGCAGAAAUUGCAGAAAGAGGAGGCGGAGUUGCUGUUCUGAUCAAAAGGGGAAUUGACUUCAAGCCGAUGGACGAUCUACGGACGAAGGUGAUUGAAGCUGUUGGCGUUCGGGUUCAAACAGAUGACGUUCCAAUCAACAUAAUUGCUGCUUACUUCCCGGGAGGACGCAGCAAAGAAGAUCGAGUCAACUUCAAGCGUGACAUCGGAACCCUGACGAGGCAAAGUGGAGCUUACUUCAUCGUGGGAGAUCUCAACUCUCGCCACAGGAUGUGGAAUUGUACGCGGGCAAACCAGACUGGUAACAUUUUGAUGAAUCUGUUUCGUUCUUCUGACUUUUUCAUUCAUGCACCCACUACGCCGACGUACGUCCCGCGUGGUCGCGCACGCCCUUCGGUCAUCGAUCUGGUCCUGUCGAACAACCGGGUCAACAUGUCAGUUCCUAAAGUACAUCAAGAGCUUUCAUCAGAUCACCUUCCCGUGACGUUUGAGAUCGACUGCAACAUCCAGGCGGAGUCACAAGCUAAACGAGUUCGCUGCUACGACCGAGCGGACUGGGUCCGGUUCCAGCGGGAAGUUGGCGGAAAGCUGGACGUAACCGUAGAGUCGCUGAACAACAUCCAGACAACAGCCGAGAUCGACGCUUCUGUUCGCCGAUUCACGUCUGCAGUACUGGAAGCUGAGGACGUUGCAGUCCCUUGGGCGGAGUACAAUCCGCAGAAAGUGGUUCUACCAGAUGGAGUGCGGCUGCUGAUUACACUGCGAAACACCCGUCGACGGCAGUUCAUCCGAUCGCGAGAUCCUGUGCUGGGCCUGAUCGUCGAAACGCUGAACCAACGAAUCCAAAAAGAGUGCAGCAAAUUGAAGUACAAGAACUUCGGCGAUACGGUCCGCGAUAUCGCCAAUGGCCACAAAAAGUUCUGGAAAAUUUCCAAGCUCGUGCGGAAUAAAGUUAAACACAAUCCUCCUUUCCGUAUUGACGAUGGUCUGGUCAUCUCCCCCGCGGAGAAAGCUAGAGUGCUCGCCGAAAGUUUCGCGAAGGCACACGACAACACCUUGCCGGGUGACCCUUCAGUGAACGACGAGGUAGCGCGUUCGAUGUCGGCGGUGACAGAGGCGAACGAAAGCAACGACACACACAAAGCCGAGCGAGAUUAA